AUGGCUGCUCCACAGGGCGUCUGGAACGAACACACCGAGAAAGCGCUCCUCAUCGCCAUGAUGGAGUGUGAAGAGACUACUCUCAGUGCAAAGUAUGAUGCAGCUGCGGCCAGACUUGGUCAAGGUUUCAAUGCCAAUCAGAUUCGUUACAACCCCGUUGGUCUUCUUUCCCAAUUCACCAAAUUCACCAAAUUCACCAUGAGUCCCUGGAAUGAUGCCACAGAGCGCAAGCUGCUCUUGUGCAUAAUCGAUACCGACAAGACACCCAACUGGACUGUCGUCGCUGGGUUGAUGGGUGAUGGCAUCAGUGGUGACGCAUGCCGGUGA